GCGUUGGGCUUCCUCCGAGGGCUGCGGGCUUUAAGGCGUGUAGUUAGGCGUGUGGAUCCCCCCUUGGUGUGGGGAGAACCGCUGGGGUUUAAAACCCCCGGGAGUAACAGCCGGGAAGUGUUCCCUGCUCUGUGUUACCUUUAGGACGGCUUACGGGUUCUUGGAGAGACGCGAAGUGUCCGGGAGCAAGACUGAGGUGCUCCUGAUCAACCAGAUCUUUCAGGAAUUUUCAGAAAAGAGACUUUGGUGGGUAAAAGAUGUGCCAUGGAAUGGUAGCACCAAAGAGCAACACAGGAUCGUCUCUUGCCUUGACUAGACAUGGGUUAUGUCUUCUGCUAGUUAUCUUUGGUACCUUUAUCUUGGAAGCACAGGCCACAGGUUGGCUCAGCAAAUCCAAAGGACCUGCAUAUUGUCCCCAGCCACCACAGCCUGAGAAUGGAGGCUAUAAGUGCCACCCUAGCCCCUGCAACAACCCUCUGACAUCAGGCAGUGUCAUUGAGUAUCUUUGCGUCAAAGGCUACAUGCUGAAAGGAGAUUAUAAAUACUUGACCUGCAAGAAUGGAGAGUGGAACCCAGCCAUGGAAGUCAGCUGCAGGCUCAGUCCAGAAAAGGACUCUCCCCCAACAAUUGGAGUACCCACGCUGUCCAUAGUAGCCUCCACAGCAAGCUCUGUCGCCCUGAUUCUGCUCUUGGUUGUGCUGUUUGUUUUGCUGCAGCCAAAGCUGAAGUCAUUCCAUCAUAGCAGGCGAGACCAAGGUGUGUCUGGAGAUCAGGUCUCCAUCAUGGUGGAUGGUGUCCAAGUGGCCUUGCCAUCCUAUGAAGAAGCUGUGUAUGGCAGCACAGGGAACUGCAUUCCACCCUCGGACUCCCGAGUGCAGAUUGUGCUCUCGGAGGGAGCUGGUCAGAAUGGAACCAGAGAAACGCAACAGCAGGACCAAGGGGCUCGCAAUAGCUUUGAAAGAGAAGAUGAAGCCCCUGGACAUUCUGGACUGUGUGAAGCCAGUGGCUCUCAGCGCUCUGAAACUGUUCUUGUGCAUCAGGCUGCUACCUCUUCCUGGGUAGCUGGCAUGGCUAGCAGUAGACCUGUACGCAAAGAAGUCCAAGAUUCAGAAAGCAGUGACAUACAGAGUCUUUUAUCACUCACUUCCUCUGAGGAAUACACAGAUGAUAUUCCCUUAUUGAAGGAAGCAUGAGGCCUGCUGUGUUUGUCUAGCCUUCUCCUCUUGGAUUUCUUCCUCUUCCCUUCCCCCUGCCUUCAGGACAGAAGCACUCUGUGCAGCCUUCCCCGUCCUUGUGAGCUGUGCCCUGGAUACCUCCACGCAGAGACGCCCCUCAGCUGAAGAUCCAAAGGAUGUCGCCAGGUUGCCUCCUGGAUGCACCAGUGGAGUUGGUGCAGUGCUGGCUUCCCCAUUCCAUCAGCAUCAGGGGCUCAAGGAACAGAGUGGAUUUGAGCUCUCCUCUCCUCUUCCCCAGCCAGAUGUUUGACAGCAGUCUCUGAAGAGCUGCUCUUUUCUUGUGCCUUUCUCCUCCUCACACUGGCUUGUUGCAGCUUAUUAGCCUCUCUAGCCCCUCCGCUGCCCAGAGAGCAGUAGCUAAAGCCGCUUGCUCACUGGGUGCAGACGAUUUAUAUAUACAUAUAUAUGUUACAUAGGCUCUUCUUCCAGCAUCCUCUUUGUGAUAGGGCAGGACAGAACGCCUCACUGGGACUGAAGCUGGGCUUGGGAGGGAUCCCAGUUAAGGGGCAGCUUGUGAUGUCCAGGAGCGCCUCAAAUGAGAUGGCCUGUGUGACAACUUAGCUGUGCAAUAACAGUUCAUUGGGAAUUGAUAGAGCACUGAAGGCUGAGAAGUCCAACGUGUAGGAAUGCCCUCUGCCCCCGUUUCAGAACCGUCUCCACAGGAGUCCAUUCCUGAAGAUCACUUGUGUCUCCUUCUUCCUUCUCUACCUGUGCAGCCCACUUGAUCAUGCCAUGUUUCUAGAAGCUGGGACUGCACCACCACCAAAACAACCCUUUCAGCUUUGUUCUGGUGCCAGAACAGCUCCUGGUGUUAGGUUGUAGAAGAGCCUUGGAGAGUGGGCAGUGGUUAGCAGAGCCCAGAAAGCUUGAAGGAAGGGACUUUCAGUUAACCAGCCCUGUGUUAACUAUGAGUUAGCCCCAUUUACUUGAGACAUCAGAACUGGUACCAAAUUUGUGGCCCUGCUCUUCUGAAUAAGCUGUGUGUCUCAAAGCUUUUUCAGUUAAGGUGGUUCUGCGCUAAAGCUUAAGUUCCUUAGGUCAUAUCUCUACUUUGAGAUCUAAUCUGGAAGUGGUUCAGGUAUCUGAAAAUGUCAAGAGAAAAAAAUGCCACAGGUAGUAAAUGCCUAGUGCCAGUGGGGCAAUCCCAGGUUACCUUUCCAGGCACACUAGGUACGUUGGUACUUGAAUCCUGGUUAGCUGCCAUCUCAGAGGUUGUCUUCCUAGCUUCAUACAGCAAGAGUCUGCUGUUGUAUCCUAAUGGGCUUUAGCAGGCCCACAAAGAAGGGCUCCUUCCUUGUGGCUGGGAGUAAAUAGCAUUUAAAAAGUCUUCUCAACCCACCACAGUUGCCUGUUGCUGCGAGGGAAAGCUGGUUACAUUGACAGCAGUGCUAGAGGACACCAUAGCUUAUUCCUGAACCUAGGUUUUGAAGAUUAUUUUAAGUUCUGGUAACAGGGAAAAGAAAAUCCAAAAGUACAUAUACCUCUGCCCCCGCCAUUAUCUACAGCAGGUCAGAACAUCCUGGUUGCUGUUAACAGCACUCUCAUUUUGCAGGAAGCCACGUUCAUCUGAGGUAGGUGAUCCAGUCACAAAGGCAUUGUGGUUGUAAGGUUCUUCACCAGGGAGGUCUGGAUGGUGUUCCGUGGGAUUGGUUUCAGCAAGAAGAGUUGGCUUCUUAGAUGCACGUACCUUGUCCUAACUAUCUUGAAGUAACCAGGGAAGUGUUUGCCCUGCGAGAAGCUGCUAAAUUUUUGAGUUGAAGGAGCAAAAUGUCAUGGCCUUACACAUCAUGUGGUAGCGUACUGGUAAAUAGGGUUACUGUCUUUGCUGCUUUGCUUUUGGCUUGUAUGAUCUUCACCAUCCUCACCCUUGUUGCCCCAGGAACAUACCGACACAGUGCUUGGUAAAAGUGAUGCAUCACCUUUAUAUAUAAAAUUACUGUGGCUUAGCUCCAGUUCCUGGAAAUGGGGAUUAGCCACAGUAUCCACCCAUUGUACACACUGCUCCUGUUCCUGAUUAACUGUUAAAUCCCAGGACACCUGGGACAGCAUGUGCCUGUGAAUGGAAAAAUCCUAUUUUCCCUAUCCUUGUUUUAGAGGGAUGUUAUUAAUUUAAAAAUACAGUAUUUUAAACUUC